CCAGCCCACCACCUCACUUUAUCACCACCACCCCCAGCCUCUGCAAGCUCACUGCUCACACAAAGCGAAAGCAGCAGCGGCAGUCUAGUGCCUGGAGCAGCUGACGCCGGCAGGAUGAAGCUUCAGACCACGGCGACCCUGGCUCUCCUCCUCUUCCUCCUCCUGGCGCCUCCUUCGCUCAGUGUCUCCAUGGCUGUUGGAUCAGAAUUCUGCGACAGCAAUUGCGCGAGGAGGUGCUCCAAGGCGAGCCGGCACGACGACUGCCUCAAGUACUGCGGGAUCUGCUGCGCCGACUGCAACUGCGUGCCGUCCGGGACGGCCGGUCACAAGGACGAGUGCCCCUGCUACCGCGACAUGACCACCGGCACCGGCAACCGCACCAGGCCCAAGUGCCCAUGACUCCUCCCUCUCUUUCGCCGUCACCGGCCGGCUGGCUGGCGUAACGCGCGCAUUAUAGGCUAAGCACGCAUGCAUGCACGCACACCAUGAGCAUGGAUGCAUAUAUGUUUGUCUGGACUCUGGAGAGAUCUGUGUCCUGCUAGUACUCUGCUUGCCCUUGGCACCUGAACUGGAGCUUCUGGAUUCACUUGCCACUACUGCUAUGAUGUACAUGGGGCAAGAAAUGGAGCUGAUGAUGUGGUAUUAGUGACUAUUAGUGUUUUAUACUAGCCAGGUGAUAAUAAUGUUGUGUCUGGCAAUAAAGCCUUUGUUUAGGAUAGAUGAGAUGCUAGAGAUCGUGUUUAUUAGUUGGAGUAAAGACUACAGAGUCCUCUCUGCUCAAA